AUUGGCUGACGCGGGGUGAAGUGCGCUGCGUCACGGUGGAUGUGCCGGAGCCUGUCUUUACCCCGCUGCAGUCCUGAGCCGCAUCGCGUCUGAUCCGCACCAAAAACGCUUCUACAGCCAUGUCUAACUUCUCCGAUGACCAAAUUAUGGAGUAUAAGGAGGCGUUCAUGCUGUUCGACCGCACUGGAGAUGGGAAGAUCUUCUACAGUCAGUGUGGAGACGUGAUGAGAGCUCUGGGACAAAACCCCAUCAACGCUGAUGUCCUCAAGGUCCUGGGCAACCCCAAGAUGGAAGAGAUGAACCACAAGAUGGUGGACUUUGAGCAUUUCUUGCCGAUGCUUCAGACCAUCGCCAAAAACAAAGAUACGGUCACGUUUGAGGACAUGGUGGAGGGACUCCGAGUGUUCGACAAAGAUGGAACUGGGACCGUGAUGGGCUCAGAGAUACGGCACGUCCUCACCACUCUGGGUGAGAAAAUGACAGAGGAGGAGGUGGAGACACUUUUAGUUGGACUUGAAGACUCAAAUGGCUCUUUAAACUAUGAAGAGCUCGUGAGGAUGGUGAUGAACGGUUGAACACUGGACAAACCCCGAUCUCAGCUUUAACCCUUUCCGUGUUUUAGUUUUGUCUUUCGUCUGACGCUUCUAUGUUUUUCUUUCUUCACUCGCUCUGUUUAGUUUCGGUUUCAGUGCCUUUUCUGUCCCUUGUGAACCUCAUCUUUUUGUAUUUCUGCUUUUGGUGAGUCUUUCGGACUGUGCCAUUGUGGAUAAGGAAAACGUCACCUCUGUAUUGAAUAAAAUGUCAUGUUUUACCAUUUGGAA